AGAAGAAGAACACGUGUUUCCUGUGUUUCCUCUUCCCCCUGCAUGGACAGGAGCAUAGGAGUCUGCAUUGUAAAUAAAUUGCAUUCAGCCAGCGAAAGGUUUAAAAAAUGGUGCGUAAAUUAAAGCACCAUGAACAGAAAUUGUUGAAGAAGGUGGACUUCAUCAACUGGGAGGUGGACAACAACCUGCACGAGGUCAAAGUGUUGCGGAAGUAUCGCAUCGAAAAAAGAGAGGACUACACCAAGUACAACAAGUUGAGUCGUAACAUCAGAGAUCUCGCCCAGAAAAUCAGAGACCUGGAUGAGAAAGAUGGCUUCAGAGCUCAGAGCACACAUCAACUACUGGAAAAACUGUACAGUAUCGGUCUCAUGCCCACCAAACAGAAUCUGUCCCUCACAGAGAAAGUCACAGCUUCGUCAUUCUGCAGGAGGAGGCUGCCCAGCAUCAUGCUGAAACUCCGGAUGGCUCAGAACCUGAAGACGGCCAUCACCUUCAUCGAACAAGGACAUGUGCGUGUUGGCCCAGACAUAGUCACAGACCCAGCUUUUCUCGUCACAAGAAAUAUGGAAGAUUUUGUUACUUGGGUGGACUCCUCCAAGAUCAAGCAGCAUGUCAUGAAUUAUAAUGAUGAGAGGGACGACUUUGAUCUGGUGGCAUAAGACUUUUGUCUUACAUCCAUUCAUCACCCUGGAGGAUAGGAAAGGGACCGUACUCUGCUCUUGUAACUAUGGCGCGAAUAACUCUACAACCCAGGAGUCAACAGUUCAAAUCUCUUAUCAACUUGGAAAUUGUGGCAAGAAAAUAAGUGCUUUCGCCUUCUUAACAAAAACUAACUGAGCAAGGACAAAGGAACACACUUCCAGGAUUCACAUUGUCACCAAACACCUCUUUUGUCAAAACUAAAAUCGGAUCUAUUGACAGUUAACCAUCCAAAAUAUGUUAUCUAUUCUCCUAUGCCUCCUUGUUGUUUGCGCUGCAUAAUGUGUUCUUUGUGUGAACAUGAGCUGGCUUCACAGGGUAUAUAUGGGACCAUGGAAAUGCUGGUGUAGGCCCCGAUGAUUUUGCUGUGAAGUUAAAUGACGUCUGGUGUUUUUUCCGCUCCGAGUUAGUUUUUUCAACUCAAGGCGUUCAGGACGCUUCUGCCGCAACCAAAAAGCUUCUCUCUCAUUGAAAACCAUUCAAAAAAAGCUGCCCCUGGCUGUUAAAACGCCCUCUCUUAUCUGGGCCUUAUAAGUGUGUGUAUAUACAAUGAAGAGGACUGUUGCUGUCUGUUCAUAUUAACAUAACUUGUCAUAAAUACAGUUGUAAAAUAGAAACUAUAAUUCGAUAAAUAUUUAAUAUUUUCAGUAAGACUUUGUUACAGUGUAAACUUUGUCAACAAUAAACAUUCUUUUAUCACAGUU